GUCAAUCAGCCCUCCUGCCUCGCCCCCACCUAAACCCUCCCUCCGCCCCCUAAGGCAGCUCCGCGAACCCCAUAGCUGCUCAGGAGGGCGCAUGGGACACCGGCGAUGGGCAGGUGGGGGCUUAUGUGGCGGGCCUGGGGCCGCACGAAACCCCCGGGAUUGAGAUCCGCAGCACUCCACUGCAGGCAUGCCUCGUCCUUCCCGCUCCCUCGCCAGCCCCUGCCGUCGCUGGCGGAGACCACGGCCCGGUACCUGCGCUCCCUGGAGCCGCUGGUGAGCCCGGAGGAGCUGGAGCAGACGCAGAAGCUGCUGGCCGAGUUUGGGGUGCCAGGCGGAGACGGCGAGAGGCUCCAAGCGCGGCUGCAGCGCCGGGCGGACCGCAUGGAGAACUGGAUCACAGACUGGUGGGUUCAGUCAGCAUACCUGGAAAGCCGCCUGCCGCUGGCUGUUCACUCGAGCCCCGCUGUUGUGCUGCCCAAGCAGGAUUUUAAUGACUGGAAAGGACAAUUGAGGUUUGCUGCAAAGCUCAUUGCUGGCGUGUUGGAUUUCAAGGCAAAGAUUGACCACCAGACCCUGUUAGUCGAAUAUUCCAGAGGCUACCCUCUCUGUAUGGAGCAAUAUUCCCGCAUCUUUGCCUCAUGCAGACUUCCAGGGCCUAAACACGAUUCCGUCUUGCUGCCUCCACCCGGCCGAAGACCGCCAACGUACAUCACAGUAGUCCGCAACUUCCAGUUCUUCCAACUUGAAGUGUACAACAGCGACGGGACCCCUCUCACCGUCGACCAGCUGCACUGGCAGCUCCAGCGAAUCCGUGCGCAGUCUUGGAAGACGGAUAAAGAGCCCCUGGGGGUGCUGACUAGUGACCACCGACACACGUGGGGGCAGGCCUACACCACUCUCAUGAGAGACAAGCUGAACCGGGAAUCGGCCCGUGCCAUUCAGCGCAGCCUCUUCACCGUCUGCUUGGACGCUCCUGUCCUGAAAGUCUCGGAUGCGCUAGCGAGCAGCCGCCUGGCCGCACAGAUGCUGCACGGCGGAGGCAGCUACUCCAAUAGCGGCAAUCGCUGGUUCGACAAGACUUUGCAGUUUAUUGUGGGAGAAGAUGGCUCCUGUGGGGUGCUUUAUGAACAAGCCGUUGCUGAAGGACCACCAAUCGCCACCAUCAUAGACCACGUCCUUGACUACUGCAAAGAUCCUGUCCCAGUCCGCGCCCCACUGAUACCUCUGCAGUUGCCCAAAAAACUCUACUUCUGUUUCACUCCAGAAAUCAAACGUGACAUCGAACAUGCCAAACAGAACCUGGACAUUCUCAUCACCGACCUGGACAUCAGCUGUUUCACUUACUGCAGGUUUGGCAAGGAGCUUCUCAAACGCCUUAGGCUGAGCCCAGACUCUGUCCUGCAGGUGGCACUGCAGCUAGCCUAUUACAGGGCACAUGGGGAGCUGUGCGCAACCGCCGAGUCGGCCUCUCUCCGUCGCUUCCACCGCGGCCGGACGGAGACCAUUCGCUCCACUACCUCUGCCGCACUGGCCUUUGUCCGAGCUAUGGCUGACGACGACUGUCAGGCUCCGGAAAGAUUGUCUUUGCUGAAGAAAGCAGUCGAGGUCCACAGCACCCUCACAGAGCAGGCUCUGGCUGGGCAAGGCAUCGACCGCCAUUUGCUGGGGAUGAAGCUGGAGGCCAUUGCCGAUGGCUUCCGGGUGCCAGAGCUUUUCAUGGACACUUCCUACGCCGUGGCGUCUCACUGGAAACUCUCCACGGGACAGGUAGCUGCCCGCACAGAUUGUGUGAUGUGCUACGGGCCGCUGGUCCCCAACGGCUAUGCUGUCUGCUACAACCCUCUGCCUACCCAUGUUAACUUUGCUGUCACUGCCUUCAAUUGUUGCCAGGAGACCAAUGCUGAGCAUCUGGCUGGUAGCAUCCGGAAGGCCCUGGAUGAUAUGGGAGCUUUGCUGGGGAACUGGGGAGUUGGGAGCCAACAAAGGCAACCUUGAGAAGACACCCUAUACCUCAACGUUUCCUCACCUUGGACCAGAGAGAAGAUCCUCUCUGCCUCAGGCCAGCACUUGCCACCCAUAAUUCCAAGCACCUCAGGCCAAAAAAUCUGUACUCUUUGUGCCAAAGCUUGUUAUCCUCUAAGCCUUUCCUUAUCCAGAAUGCCCUUUGUAACACUCUAGAGGGGGGGGGGGGAAGCAGCUUUCUUUUUUUCCUACAAAGUCUUAAUUCGAAGCCAAAUCUAAUUUAUUUCCACGUGGAAUAAUGAAAUAAAUGGUUCUUUCAGGAAAA